AUGAGAAAUAAGAGAGCGAGGCGCAACGACGACAGGAGCCGUCCUCGAGACGUAAUCCGUCGCCAGUCUUCUCGACACGCGCCGUCUCCAAGUUCUUACGACAGACCGCCUCCACGUUCCGAUACAUGGAGGCCGGGAAUGAGCGAGCGAGACGAUCGUAAUGGACAAUAUAAUCACCGAGGCGAUGACUAUCGUUCGUCGGAUUCUUACCGGCCGUCCGUGCCACAAGGAGACUUCACUUUCAGGUUCAACAAACCUGCGGGUAUACCGGACCUUCCACCCAACGGUCACCAGUAUAAUAAUAAAGGGCCACGACGAGAUCGACGCGGCCCUAUGAGGAAACCCGGUAGGCGCUGGCAACCGCCGCCUCACCCCUCCGAGCGAGCUCUCAUUUCCGGCGCAACCUUCAAUGUCCCCGAAGAGCGUGUUGACGAUGGGGAAGGCGGAGCCAAAUUCCGCGACUUAGACGAGCUAUCAGACGAUGAUGAACUGGAAAUGGACAUUUCUUCAGCAUCGGAUUCAGAAGGACCGUCAAGGAAACGCCUGCGCACGGAUGACGCAUCCGAAGAAGCGAACUCGGUCCCCAAGUGGUCCAACCCGGAUCCCUAUACGGCCAUGCCUUGUCCAGAUGACUCGAUGCGCAAAAAACGUGAUGUUGUCAAACUAAUCCGAAAAGCCAGGGUGGAGGGUGCCGCCAAGGCCAAGGUACCAACCGAAGCUGAAGACUUCCUAUCAUUCGACACUACUGAGGAUGAAGAAGAGGAGGAAGAUGACAGUGACGACGGCGUGGUAGAGAUCCCGCCUCCGCCCUCCGAGCUUCCGCCACCCUUACCCCCUCCCGUCCCAGCUUCAUUUAACCACAAGCACUCUGAUGACAGAAACGGGCGGAAUGGCCUUCCGGUCCCGGAUCACUCAGGUCCGCUUGGAUCUCGGAAGCGAACUGCAGAUGAUGAAAUCAAGCCCCCAGACUAUGGACAGCUCAAGAAAGCUAGUAUGAAGCCUUCAAAAGGUAGCGUCACACCAACGUGGCUCCCAAAGAGGAACGAGGAUCCCUGCCCGUGGCAAACGAAAGACCAUUCCGCUACACAUAACAUGGCGUUCCGGUUACACAAGGAAAUCCUCGACUUCUACGAUUAUGUGCGUCCAAGAGCAUUUGAACAGAGAAUGCGGGAUAAUCUUGUCGAAAAUCUCUGCAAAGCUAUGAGACGAGAUCGACGAAACUUUGCCUCUGCACAAGUGCACCCUUUCGGCUCUUUCAUGUCCGGCCUGUAUCUCCCCACAGCGGAUAUGGACCUUGUUGUUUGUUCAGCUAGCUACAUGCGCGGCGGGCCGCCGACUUAUCUCGGUGCCAAGAGCUGGUUGUAUAAGUUUCAAAAGUUUCUUGUCAUGCAAAAGGUCGCAGACAGUGAUUCUAUUGAGGUCAUUGCACAUGCUCGAAUACCACUGGUGAAGUUUGUAGACAAGCUCACGGGACUGAAGGUGGAUGUCUCGUUUGAGAAUUUGGGUGGCGUAACAGCUGUUGAUACUUUCCUGUCCUGGAAGAAGCAAUAUCCUGCCAUGCCUAUACUCGUCACUGUCAUCAAGCAUUUUCUUUUAAUGCGUGGUCUGAAUGAGCCGGUCAAUGGAGGAAUAGGCGGGUUUUCAGUCAUUUGCCUGGUUGUGAGCAUGCUACAGAUGAUGCCUCAUGUUCAAAGCAGGAGCCUGAUUCCGGAACACCAUCUGGGAGAAAUGCUGCUUGAGUUUUUUGAGCUCUACGGUCGCCAGUUCCAAUACGAGACGAAUGCGAUAUCGCUUACGAAACCAGUUGGGUAUAUUCGAAAGUCUGAUGUUGCGACCUUGACAUACAAGAAUCGAGAUCGGUUGUCCAUCAUUGAUCCUAAUAAUUCUAGCAACGAUAUCUCCGGUGGAUCAUCGAAUACCAACUCGAUAGUGGCGCGCUUUGCGGAUGCAUACUAUACCUUGCGAGACCGAAUGAAGGAGAUUGCGCUCAACCCCGAGAAGGGUGGUAUUCUCGAAGCGAUUUUAAAGGGAGACUAUUCCUCCUUCCGCCUCCAACGAGAAUACAUAAAACAUGUACAUGAACAGAAUAUUGGCCCUUGUUCUGACUGA